GGUGAGCGGCAGGGCGCUGCGGACGGUGAGUGUUGGAAACCCAGACCAGUAGACAGAAAGUCACCGGGACUGACUGACUGACUGACUGACUGAGAGAGCAGAGCUGCGCUCUCUGUCUCCAAAACAUUUACGCACCGCAGCAGUAUUCCGCCUCCCUCUCUCUCUCUUUCUCUCUCUCUCUCUCUCUCUCUCUGUGUGUGUGUGUGUGUGUGUGUGUGUACUCCCAGCCGUCAUCUUACCAAUAUCCACCCACCACAUCCACCACCACCAACCGGCUCUCUCCACUUUGAAGGACCCGGAGCAGAGAAGUCCGCGCACGUAUCGAGCAAACCUCUGUCCCAAAACCACCCUGCUUUGAAUGCGGUGAGGAUUUAAAGCGGGAAAGGAAGAAGAGGAGGAGGACGGAAGUUUUUCUUUUUUUUCCUUUUUUUUCUUUCUGUCUCGCGGAGAGCUCGGGGCGCACCGGGACUGAAUGGUUGAGCCCAGCCCUCCAGCGCUGCACCUCCUCUCCAGCAGGGAUGUCAGCAUGGCGGGUGUUGAUGUCAAAGUAGAACAGGAGGAGUCCAGCGGGUUAGGUGGAGCCAUUACCAACACUGAACCUCGUAAGACGUCUCCCUCAAGCGAUUGGUCCGGAAAUCAUCCACUGGAGGCCCGCCAGUUGACGCCGCCGCUCUCCUGCUCCCCUUCGGAGGGCUCUCCAGGUAAGGAGCUGCCUCACAGGCAAAGCCCCAUGGGACUGAAGGAGGCCAGGACACAUGAUAGACCAGAGGGACAAUCCAACUUCAAGGAAGUAAUGCCUACCAUUGAGAAGCUGCUGAAUGCUGACUGGAAGGAGAAACUUCUGGAUAAAAGCACAGUGGGGGCAGGACAACUGAAAGGUACCCAGGAGUCUCUGGCAGAGAAGGAGCUCCAGUUGUUGAUGAUGAUCAACCAGCUGAGCGGUCUGAGAGAGCAGCUACUGGGAGCCCACUCUGAGCAGAGGAACAUGGCUGCCUUGCUGCUGGAGAAGCAGCAGCAGCAGAUGGAGCUGGCUCGACAGCAGCAGGAACAGAUCGCCAAGCAGCAGCAGCAGCUGAUACAGCAGCAGCACAAGAUCAACCUGCUUCAGCAGCAGAUCCAGCAGGUGAACAUGCCCUACGUGAUGAUCCCGGCUUUCCACCCCAACACCCAAUCCCUCUCUGUCACCUCUGACCCCCAGAUGACUUUGCCACUGCAACCAAUCCCCUGCAAGCCAGCUGUGGACUAUCCCAUGCAGCUGCUGCAGAACCCUCACGCAACGCCCGUGAAGAGGAGCAGUGGUUCCUUCCGACAGGAAGCCAGUCAGCCCUUGAACCUGACCUCCAAGCCAAAGGGGCUGGAGCUGGGGAAAACACCCAGUCCACAGAGCAUGGAGCUGGGAUCGCUGGCGCUGCAGGGGGCCUACAGGCACAGAGAUCUCCACAGAGAAGUGUCCCACAGCCCGCAACGAUCUGCCCUCAGUUUCCUCGGAGACGGCGACGUGGUCACCCAGGCCAUCCAUGACGCCCAGCUGCUCCUGAGGAGCCACAGCACCGGCGGGCGAGAGAGGGAGAGGGACAGGGAGAGAGAGCGAGACGGUGGCGGGAAGAUGGAAUAUAAAGAGUCUCCCCACAGCGAGAGAAUUUCUCACUCCGAGCGGGGUGAGGACAGACAUGGCCUGCCGUCCACUGAGGACCACCUCAGCAGCGACUCUGAGGGCCUCUUUUCUGUAGGUGCUCUGCCCGUCUCGGCCCCAGGCAGCUACGCUGAGGCCCGGCCCCCUCCCUCCUCGGGCCACAUCAAGAGACCCAUGAACGCCUUCAUGGUGUGGGCCAAGGACGAACGCAGGAGGAUCCUGCAGGCCUUCCCCGACAUGCACAACUCCUCCAUCAGCAAGAUCCUGGGCUCCAGGUGGAAGGGCAUGUCCAACCAGGAGAAGCAGCCGUACUAUGAAGAGCAGGCGAGGCUCAGCAGGCAGCAUCUGGAGCGCUACCCGGACUACAAGUACAAACCCCGGCCCAAGCGGACCUGCAUCGUGGAGGGACGGAGGCUGAGGGUGGGCGAGUACAAGGCCAUGAUGAAGAGCCGCCGGCAGGAGCAGAGAGCGACCUACACGCACAGUCAAACGGAACCACAGCAGAUCCACUACUCCCACAACGACGGCCAGUACCCGGGGGGCGCCGGCUCGGUCUCGGUGGCGACCAUGCCCUUUCACCCUGCAUUACUGGAGCAUUACCUGCCGCAGGUCCCUCAGGCGCCGCGCCGAGCCGAGGGCCACGCCACGCCCACCUCCCUGCCCAGAGAGAGGGAGCGGGAACGGGAGCGCGAGCGGGAGAGGCCUACGUACAGCGAAGGCGAGGAAAGCGACGGGGGAGAGAGGAGCGAGGGGGAACUGGUGCUCUUGACAGACUGAAGGGGGGAGGGAGGGGGAAAAAGGAAAACGGAGGUGAGGGAUGAGGAGAGGAGGAAGGGUAGCUAAGGAGGAAGGGUGCUUUGUUGACUGACAGUCAGAGGAGAAGAAUGGAGGAUGAACAGGGGGAACGGGGAGGGAUUGAGUUGUCACUGAAUGAGAAAACUGCCCCUCUGUUAGGCAAAAGUGAAGAGAUGUGGUCAUACUCACUCCCUUGUAAAUUAGUUGUUUUCCCUGCACCACACACACACAAACACACACACACACACACACACACACACACGUAAAGGCAAGCUCUUAUCUUACUCAUUUCCCUUCAUAGACAUGUCAUCAGCUGCUUUGUUUUAGAAUACAGAAGUUAUAUUGAAGUUAUAAUGUAGAAGGUUUAUCGUUUAAUCCCUUAUGUUUCUCGUCAUCCUCCCAUGUUGCCAAACAAAAGCCCCCACAGGGGCACAUUCAGUGGAGGAAAGUGUAAAAUAAACCUCACAAGUUCAAUAGAAUCCCUGUUUUCACCUGUUAGACAGCUGAGGGACCUCAGAGCGGCUGCUCUCUGGUUGGAGCAACAGGCCCGUGAUAGAGCUGUGUGUUAUUAGUAUGUCAGUACUGCCCCCUGCUGGUGAAAGCUAGUUCUUACUAAAUGAAGACAACCAGAGGAGUAAGGCUUUAUAUCAUUGUACUGAGAACACUGACAUAUUACAGCUAACUCACUGAACUCAUGGUUCAGAUUGUCUGGAAAGCGUGCACCUGGAAUGUGGCGAGUCAAAAGUCAAAUUUGAUCUUGAUAAUCUGACUUUUAUUCCCUUGUAUGGUUUAAGCUCCAAAACACACACUGGAUCCUAGUCUUCCCACAAUGCAACUUGAUGAAGUUUUUCAUUAGACCCUCCCUGCCCACUAUGUUUCAGACUCUGAUGACAUUGUCAGGGUUAUCUUUCAGAUUUGGGAGUGAUCCCUCCAGUUUUCACAGAGUAGUAAACUGAACUUAAUGUUUAAUAUGACUGGAGUGCCCCUUUAAUAAAUAAAAUCUAAUUGGAAUCACGUCCCAGCAGCCAUUAGGAGCAUUGUUCGCUUUAAGCUAGAGUUGGGAGACAAAUCCAUUAAAUCUAUUGAUUUGAAUUUCACCAGUGUGUAACAUUUAGGAGGAUCUAUUGGCAGAAAUGGAAUAUAAUAUUCAUAGUUUUCAUUGAAUAAUCACCUGAAAAUAAGAAUCGUGUUUUGGUUACCUUAGAGUGAGCUGAUAUCUCCAGACGCUGCAGGUCGCCUUCCAUGGAGUCCGCCAUGUUGAGCCGCCAUCACAUUCUCUGCACACUUCACAGCCAGCGUAGUUUCUCCUUCGUGCUUAGAAGGGAGGAGUUUGAAGCAACUAUACAGUUAGAUGCAUUAAAUCUUACACACUGCACAUUUAAAACGGUGUCACUCAUCUACACAACACAUGUAGAAACAUUUUCCCAUACUAUCCUAUGAGAGAAGAAGGGGCCGCAGUGAUAUGACAUUACUGAUGCGGUGGUGUUUCACGUCUUUUGUAGUAUGAGAUUUUCACCCAGCCCUACUUUAAGCUCAUACAAUAAGUCUUUACAUCUGUCUCACUGAAAGAAAUCCUGUCUGGAUUAUCAUUUUUGGAGAUUAGGUCUUAUCUUGUUUGUCAGCACCAACGGAACAAAUGUUCUAGUUAAGGAACAGUUAAGGGAUGUCUCAUCGCAACUAACAGCUUUCAAUCACACCACCAGCCAGUUAGAUUAUAUAUAAGAAACUGAUUCGCAGAAAAUAUACAGUAAACCAACAAUCAAACCCCCCUCUUCCUCAUCCUCCCACAUCACACUAUUCAGUUGAGCUGUGCUGUAUAUGCUGUAUCCGUGUGUCUAUCAGUUCCCUCUCCAUAGCAUGGUGGGUUGACCUCAGCCUUGCCUAUUUUUUUUAUACCUCUGUGUUUGCUUCUUUGAGUGUUAAUUGAUUGUCGUGUUGAACACCUCCUAUUUGUGUAUCCCAAUGUGUUUUUUUGCUGCUUUUUGAGUUGCAGCCUCCCGCAGCACUGCAGAAAAUAUCCACAUAUACACUCUAUACAUAUAUUCUUUUUUGUCAUCUGGAAAAAUGACUCGCAAUCGCCAUCGUCUUGGUACGAGUACGUUGGGCCUCGUUCUAAGAUAUUGACAUACAGAUGUUUUUUCUGAAGCGGCACUGGAAUUAGUUUCAGAUUUGAAGAGUGAAAGUGAAACUAAAUGACAUUUUUGCAGUGAUAGAUCAAUCGGCCUCAUGUUAGAAUUAAGGUGAAGUUCGAUCUGAAUAGGCUACACUGUCUAACUAUCUUUUAUUUUCCUGUUCACACAUUACAUUUCACAUGGGAGCGGAAGCUGCCGUUCAUUGGCUGGAUGUACUUGUAAACCCCCUCUCUAAUGGUGGAUACAGAGACGGAGAAAGGGUCAAUUAAUGGUUAUGAGCUUGUUGACAGUGAAACAAAUAUACCAAGGUUUUGAGUGACUGAACCACUGGUCGAUUUUAUGAGAACAAAGAUACCAAAAUCAUCCACGAGUCCUCAGUACAUCAUCGGUGCUCCGUGCUAACAGUUCUGCUUACUGAGCGAUAUUGGGCUCCAUAUUAGCACUUCGCAGGCCUGCACUACGUUCUUUGAUAGUGAGGCUGCAUUCACUGACGGUUGGAGUUACUAUAUUGCUGCUUGUUGCAGACGUAUGCUGAAAGCUCGUGUUUUAAUGGGGUACAAGUAAAAGUAAUAUUUGUGUGCUGUGAGCUAGCUAGCUAGUGAACUGUGUACAUGAAAACGCACGCAACUUCCCAAAUAAGAACACUGAUUGAACAGUGACGUUAAUGAGGUUGUCUCAGCAGGAAAAAGGAAAUCCUUAGUUCCAGUAAUAAAUCAUGGUAGGCUCAAUGCUAAUGAUGCUACAGUUUAGCAUACACUGUCUUUAUAGAUUUUAAUAACAAGCUACAGACUUUAAAGCCAAAUGGUGAGCUAUCUUAAAUGAGCUGUAGCGUAAUUUGUAGUUGUAUGUAAUAAAGUGGUACAGUUUAAUCGAAAACGUAAGACAAGACAUGUUAAUAACCGGCAAGCUACAAUGUUUAGCUAACAGCAUGGUGCUAUUAGCCUGUAGGAAUCUGUGGCUAACAGUUUGGAGCACAUAGAUCAUUUUGGUGUUUUUGUUCUCCUCGCUCAAUGACCACACUGACCACACUGACCAAGACCAGUUCAACUACAACGUAAUGUACCUAACACUGGGGUCAAUCCACCUGUAGGUAACUGGUAGCUAACUUUUAGCUAACUGUAAGGUUGACUAAUCAAAAUAGCGGGAGAAGACUUCACUGAAUACAAUCAUGGUCAGGGCUGUGUAAAGUAAAGAUGCUGGCUUUUGUGCACAGAGACGGAUAUCGGGGGGAAAAUAUCGUUUUUUUAGCGGAGACGCGCUGAGGAGCCACCUGUCGUUACCCCUGCUGAUGUAAAUAUAGAAAGAGACUUUAUUUUGUUUAUAAGAGCCUGUGUAAUUUAAAGGUGUACGUUUCUUUAUGUUUUCAGAGUUUUGUGUUGUUGGUUUUUUUCUUGAAAGACAAUAAAUUGGUUGUGUUAA